AUGAUGGAUGUCUUACCUACGGAAAUUCUUAUCGAUAUUCUUUCGAGAUUGUCUGUAAAUUCGGCAUGUUGCAUCAGAUGUGUAUCUAAAGUCUUGUUAAAGACAGUUGACGACCUUCCUUUUGCCACACUGCACAUGCGGCGUUUACCUGAUGUUCAUCAAGUACCUCGACUUAUUCGUCUUGUUGAACCUACCUUUGAUGUACAUAAGAUGUACCCAUUGAAAUACGAUGGCACUGACUUGACAAAGAGCAAGCAUGCAAUUGUUUCUGAAUUCGUGUCCAGUCUGCGUUGGUAUAAGCCUAAUUUUGUUUUCUACAACUUGUUUGGCUUUACUGGUCUUCAUACGAAGAAAGGAAGGUCAUGCUUGCUGGUGAAUCCUUUCAAGGGAGAAGUUCUAAUGCUCCCAACAACGAGUGACCUCCAAGUUCCAAUCAACAGUCUAUGCAAUGGUGAUACGUACGGCAUGGGAUUUGAUAAUAUGACCAACACCUUCAAGAUUAUUCGUGUUUCUUGUCACGAAAAGGACAUCAACACCCAAAUGGCGGCCGAAGUUUUUAUAUUGGGGACAAGCUCAUGGCGGGAGUUACCCUCAGUUCCUCCUUGCCAUCUAACCCAAAAGUCGGCAUGUGCACAUGGAGACAUGCAUUGGUUGGUUCGUGGAGAUGACCACGACUCGUCAUAUGUACGUAUACUUUCCUUCGACUUCAAGAAAGAGGAGUUCUAUUGGACACCUCAUCCCGCCACCUCACAGAAAAUGCAGGAUAUGUUUGAUUUUGUUAACCUGCUUAAUUUCAGGGGUUCUUUGACCCUUGUGGAUGCUUCUUCAUCAGAAGAUAUGAAGAUAUGGGAAUUGAAAAAUUAUGAUAACAAAGAGUGGGUACUAAAUUACAAAAUAAAUGUGCAACAACAUCCGUCUCUUCGUUACUUGAAGGGUACUCUUUUGAUGUGUCGCACUCUUUUUUCUAUAUGUGGAGAAUGGGAGCAUGGCAUAUUUUUCAACCAGGAUAACUUCGUAUUGUUUUUGGAUGUAACACGUGUUAUCGUGAGUAGUGUACGGCUCAAAGGUUCUACAGUCCAUAGUUGUACGGAUAGCAUGAUUUCUCUAAAGAAGUAUGGAGAUUUGGUUGAAGCAGAGCAAGAUAUUGAGAGCCUCAUAUCUGAAGAAAGUUAUGAGUAUCUGACUAAAACUGCAGAAGCAAGUGGGAGAGAUGUGGUUCACUUGAGAACACAGAUGGAGACCGCUUGUAUUUCUUGA